AUGUCAUCGCAUCUCGUAAGCAUAUAUCAUAUCACCAUUUAUCACAUUAUAUCACAUAUAACAUGUUAUACAAGGAUACCAUAUACAUUAUCGUAUGUCGCAUAUCGGCACAAUAUACCAUAUACCAUACCACGUCAUUAUCAGCAUACACCAUAUCACACCAUAUGCCAUACAUGUCAUAUCAGCAUAUCAUGCACCGUACCAUCACAUACCACAUCAUGCCACGUCAUAUACCGUACCAUAUCUUGCACACACCAUAUCACUACAUACUAUACUACACAACAUAAUCAUCGUAUAUCACAUACAUAUCAUAUACCAUACAAUGUCAUAUAUAUACCGUGCGUCAUACUAUAUAUCAGUAUAUACUGUAUAAUAGCGCACCAUAUACCAAUAUACCAGAUAUACUGUAGCAUGCAUGCCACCACUAUGUACCAUAUCAUGCCAUGUCAUGUACCAUAUACCACUCAUAUACCAUAUACCAUGCAACACAGCAUGUAUCGUGCCAUACCACACCAUAUUAUCGUACAUCAUGCACUAUAUACCAUACCGUACAUGUACCAUGCAAUUGUCAUACCGUUUAUACUGUCAACCAUAUGUAUGUCACAUCAUAUCACAGACCAUAUCAUAUGCCGCAUAUCACAUAUCAUUACACGUUAUCACAAUUAA